CGAAAGGCGACUAAUUUUCUAUAUCCCUCUUCGCUCUUCAGACCAGCGUACGAAUUUAGGCUUGCAGUAACAUCACUGAGCUUUCUUCGAGACGACCGACCCAGGAAACAUGGAUCGCAUUCGCCUCACAAUCGCUCUGGUGGCGGUUCUCUGCUUUGGGACCGUCCAAGCUCGGUCCCUUAUGGGCAAGUCCAGUCCACCUCCAAGCUUGCCCUUCCCCGCUCUGACGAACUGCCAACAAAAGGCCGACUCAACGCCAUUUCGCGUCAGCAUGACCGUCACCAAGGCCAUCCCGGCGCAAACCUUCUGCUUUAACAUCACCACCGCGACUCCCAACAACACUGCGACGUCUUGCGGCAAGGCCACCAAGCUGGAGCGUGUCCAGUUCUGGGCGGCCUACGCGAACCGUACCGGCAUCACCACCAUUACCGUGCGGGACACCAAGGGAGCGCAAAAAACCGUGUCGGGUGCUUGGAUCAAGAGCGGCAACACCUACAACGAUGAGCUCGUGAUUGCCAACCUGGGCUGGACUGCUGGCUACAUUGCGACGGCCUCUCCGCGCAUUUGCCUCACCCUGCACGCCGACCUGCCUCUGGACACGCUGUGCCUGGGCCCUGCGGGUCGCUGCACCAUUGGCCUCUACAGCACUGGCGCCAGCAGCGCAAAGUGCUGCCCCGUUUACACGGUGCCCCUGUCGGCGUAAGCGAUGGACAACAAGUUGACCAACUCCGGCCUGGAGCCUUUGUUUGUGAUGAUAUAAAUUGGCGAAUGGUCGAUAGCGAUACCUAGAAUAUGAGUAGUUGUGAUAAGACGGCUGGGCGGAGUUAAGUCCAGCAUAGCAUGGCGUGCGUGCUGCGGUCGGGUUGCCAGGAUGCCAGCGUCGAGGAACGAUACUAGUGCAAUUAGCAGGUGGUUACUUAAUUAAGUAAGCUAGGUGCAUGAUAAGCCCAAUAGUGCAGAAGGUGCCGUGACG